UUUACGUGGCACGAAACGUCAAAAAAGCGCCAUCUUAUGGCAAAUUAUAUUUUACUCAAUAACUCAAUAUUGCACAAUUAUUUAUCAUUAUAUACAUUGUAAAAUCCAAUUUUAACUAACAAAAAUCAUUACUUUACACUCCAAGGUUUUAAAAUGGUUGUCGCUGACGGCUUUUCGCCCCAUAAUAACACCACCCGUAACUUUUUUAGCGAUUUUCACGCCUUGCAACGUCUCAAUGUUGCGCCCCCGAAGCCGGAUUUGCCCGCCAAACAAAAGGUGGCUCGAUUGUCCCGUUAUUUCAAAUAUGAGAAUCCGGGACCUGGGCUAAGAUGUGUCGUAUACAUGGAACAUAUCAAAAAAGUGUUCAAGACGCAUUUGAGGGAGAUUGUGAGUGAGGUUUUCCUGGAGGAUGUGGUCACAAUGUGUGUGCUACAAGUGUUGAAAGACUUCGCGAGGGACAAGAGUGAGAUUAGGGGCGUUUUGAGGAAAUUGCCUCAAAGACAGUUGGGGAAAAUCAAGGAGGAAUUGGAGUACAUCUGUGACAACCUUCCACCUGAUUUUUUCAAAGUUGGACAAGAUUUGAGUCGGUUUGUGAGAUCGGAUGUUAAAAAACCGGCCGAGAAGGAGCUCGACUUAAUUUUUUACAUCCCAAUGAGCGAAAAUGAGCCUUGCAUUGAGGAGGAAGUUGAGGAGCUGAGUCUCGCAGCGGCUGCCUCAACUGGGGCCCCCUACAACAUAAAAAGACGCUACGACUACUACAAGACCAAAAUGGCGGAAUUUCCGUUUGAGGAAUUCAAAGAAAUCGUCCUCACUGGAAUAACAUCCCAGAAAUCGAACGAGGAACUCCUCAAUUACUUCCUUGACGUUUUCGGGUGCGAAGUAUUCGAAUUUCUGAACGAAAUAAUCCAACACAGAUUCGCCCAAAUCGAGUGGAGCGACGGGGAAAAACCGGCCCCAAGUCAGCGAAGACUCGAACCAAAAAUAGUCAAUCGCUAUACACCGGUCUUGGCCAGUCAAGUGAUCGUGCAAAGCGAAGAGGAGAAAAACUUAGCUAAAACAUUACGGAAAAUCGAGCGCAAACAAAAAGGGGCCACCCAACCCGAAUUCUUGAAUGAGCUUGAGGACGAUUUAAAUUACAUGAAACACCAACCGAUUUUCAAAAAAGGGCCACAAACUGUCGAUUAUCCGCACGUUCACGACCAGUUGCGCAAUAUUUCGAUCACUACUAAGUUUAACGGUGUCACGUUGAAACAGCCCGAGAAUACGGUUAAAAAAGAGACUAAUACGCAUGUUGAGUUUACUCUACCGGGGGGCAAACGGCCCAAAAACGACGAUAUUGAUUUGGUCAAAGUCAGUAGUUUGGACCCCACUGGGCGCUUAGUUUUCAAAGAUAUCAAGGAGUUUAACCGGAUUCAGUCGGAGGUGUUUCCGGUGGCGUACAAUACGAACGAGAAUAUGCUGAUUUGUGCCCCCACGGGGGCUGGGAAGACCAAUAUUGCGUUGCUGGCGAUCGUGCACCAGAUCAAGGUCCACAUGGACGGGGGGCUGAUUCGCAAGGAUGAUUUCAAGAUUGUCUACGUGUGCCCCAUGAAGGCGCUAGCGACCGAAAUGGUGUCCAAUUUCAGCAAAAAGUUAGCCCCCAUUGGCAUAGUCGUCAAGGAGUUGACCGGAGACAUGCAAUUGACGAAGAAGGAAAUCGCUGAGACGCAAAUGUUGGUUACCACGCCCGAAAAGUGGGACGUGAUCUCGCGCAAGGGGGCUGUCGACACCGAAGUGACAAGUCUUGUUAAAUUACUGAUUCUCGACGAGGUGCAUUUGUUGAACAGUGACAGGGGGCCCGUGAUUGAAGCCCUAGUGGCGCGCACCCUGCGCCAGGUCCUGAGUAGCCAAAGCAUCAUUCGAAUUGUGGCCCUUUCGGCCACCCUUCCGGGCUACCUUGACGUGGCCAAUUUCCUCAAAGUCAACCCUAAUACGGGCCUGUUUUUCUUCGAUAACCGUUUCCGGUCCGUCCCCCUCACGAUGACCUUCAUCGGUGUUAAAAACAAGAACGAUCAAGACGCCAUGGACCUCAUUUGUUACAAUAAAAUCAUUCCGAUUAUCAAAGAUGGCCAACAAGUGAUGGUGUUUGUGACGUCACGGAAUUUGACAGUUGUUGUAGCGAAAAAUCUACUCACACAUGCGAAAAAUAAUAAUAUUUUGAGUAGUUUUAUUCCUGAUAAGAAACACCGAAUUGGGAAGAAUUUUAAAAGUAGUGAAUUGGAAUUGUUGGUACCGAAUGGGUUUGGGGUGCAUCAUGCCGGUAUGUGUCGGAGUGACAGAUUGGAAGUUGAGAGUUUGUUUCGUGUGGGGGCGCUGAAGGUCAUUGUGUGUACUACGACUCUGGCUUGGGGGGUGAAUUUGCCGGCGCAUGCGGUUAUUAUUAGGGGUACGACUCGAUACGACGCCCAAAAAUCCUCAUACGUCGACAUGGACAUGUUGGACAUUCAGCAGAUUUUCGGACGUGCGGGAAGACCUCAAUAUGACACUUCCGGUCAUGGUAUGAUCAUCACAAGUGUCCAAAAUAUGGCCAACUAUAUGUCCCUCCUAACCUCACAAGCCCCAAUCGAAAGCCAAUUUUUGAACAACGUACCCGACCAUUUGAACGCCGAGAUUGUCCUAGGGACAGUAUCGAAUUUAAAGGAGGCCAUGGAGUGGCUAACCAACACUUUUGUUUAUUGCAGAAUUAAGAAAAAUCCCCUGGUUUAUGGACUAACCUUCACGGAGAUUUGGGAACCCGAAAAGCUGUUUCAGUACCUCGAACGCAAGCUUUUCGACGCCGCCUCCACUCUAGAAUCGGCCCAAAUGGUCCGUUUCAACCCCACAUUGGGCGAACUCCGCCCUACCAACUACGGUCGCAUCGCCAGCUUCUACUACAUCUCCCAUCAAACCAUGAAAUACUUCCAUGACCAUUUCGAGCGUACCAUGGUCGAAGCUGACAUUCUUCACCUUAUUAGUAACGCAUCGGAAUUCCAACACAUCCAAGUCCGAAACGACGAACUCGACGAACUUGAUCGCCUCCACGAGGAGUACAGCCAGUUUGAAUUCAAUCUCGAUCCGAGCGCAGUUGUUUUUAAAGUUUUGGUUCUGAUCCAGGCUAACAUAUCACGAGCGAAGAUUCGAGUCUCAUCGCUCGUUUCCGACUGCGAAUUUAUAAUGCAAAGUGUGACACGACUCGCGAGAGCGUUAUUCGAAAUCGCCGUGGAUAAAAACUACGCUUUACAAGUUUGGAGAUGUUUGCAAGUGGCACGAAUGGUGGAGCAACAAGCGUGGACAGAUAGACAUCCAUUAAUGCAAUUUAAAGAAUUGGAAAUUAAAGGUCAUAGAGCACUUGAUGUUUUGCAACAUCUACCGAUUGAGGAAUUACAAGAAAUGAGCGAACGUGAAAUAAUGGAUUUGAUUAGAAGUAGACAUUUAGCAAGUCGGGUUCAGCAUUUUUGUAAAGCGUUUCCACGUCUUGAUCUUGAUGUUUCGGUUAAACCGAUUACAGAGGGCGUUAUUCGGUUGCAAUUGUUGAUUGGUGCUAACUUCAGUUGGGAUACUAGUAUCCAUGGUAAUGUGCAACACUACUAUGCGUGGGUGGAGGACCCAACACAUGAUAGUAUCUAUCAUUUUGAGUCGUUUAUUAUCACUAAGAAACAAGUGAUAAGUAAGGAACCAAUAGAAUUGAUUUUUACGGUGCCUCUACAAAAACCACACUCGAACGAGUAUUUUGUCACAGUUGCCAGUAGCAAAUAUAUGGCCGCGGAGACAUCCUACAGAAUCGACUUGGACAAACUACACCUUUUACCGAGUUACACAAUUCAAACAAAAUUUCUAAGUGUGAGACCUUUACCCAAAACGGCAUUACACAACCCCGAAUUUGAAAAUUUAUACAGUUUCACCCAUUUUAACGCUGUACAAAGCCAAGUGUUCCACUGUUGUUUCAACACCGACUCAAACAUCCUACUAGGGGCACCAACCGGUUCCGGCAAGACCAUAGUAUCGGAAAUUUGCAUUUUACGCCUUUUUGCCACACACCCGAACCGAAAAGUGGUAUAUAUCGCCCCCAUGAAGGCCCUAGUUCGCGAACGUGUCCUCGAUUGGACCCCAAAAUUCGCCAAAAUUGGCAAAAAAGUGGUCGAAGUGACCGGUGAUAUCACCCCCCACUCUUCCCUAAUCGCCACCUCUAAUAUCAUCAUUACGACACCGGAAAAAUGGGACGGGAUGAGUCGCAAUUGGCUCCAAAAAGACUUCGUCAAACAAGUAGGUCUUAUAAUAAUCGAUGAAAUUCAUCUUUUGGCCGAAGAUAGAGGGCCGGUCCUUGAAGUUAUAGUUUCACGAAUGAACUAUAUCAAUAGUAUAAAGAAUGCUAAGGUUAGAAUUGUUGGACUGUCAACAGCCAUGGCCAACGCUGGUGAUUUAGCCAAUUGGUUGGGUAUUGAAACGAAGGGACUUUACAAUUUUAGUUCUUCGGUACGUCCUGUGCCCUUGGAAAUCCAUUUGAAGGGUUUUUCCGCGAAAAAUUACUGUCCAAGGAUGGCUACGAUGAAUCGACCAGCAUAUCAAUCCAUAUGUCAAUAUGCCCCCGAAAGUCCCACUUUGAUAUUCGUUUCGUCACGAAAACAAACCCGAAUCACCUCAUACGACUUGAUUAAGUGUCUUUUAAGUGAUACGAAUCCGAAACAGUGGUUGCAUUGCCCCCAGGAUGAGAUUGAAUCAAUCCGGAAAACUAUAACCGAUUCGGAUUUGAGUUAUCUUCUUUUGUUUGGGAUUGGGAUUCAUCAUGCCGGCCUCCAAGACCAUGAUCGAAAGACAGUUGAGGAGUUAUUUGUCACGCAAAAAAUCCAAGUUUUGGUAGCCACAGCCACCUUAGCAUGGGGGGUGAAUUUCCCCGCCCAUUUGGUUAUCGUCAAAGGGACGGAAUAUUACGAUGGGGCGACUAAACGAUAUGUUGAUAUGCCGGUCACUGAUGUGUUGCAAAUGAUGGGAAGGGCUGGCAGGCCCCAGUUUGAUACCAGUGGUGUGGCGUGUGUUUUCGUGCAAGAAAGUAAGAAGAAUUUCUAUCGGAAGUUUUUAUUUGAGCCGUUUCCGGUUGAAUCGAAUUUGUUACAAGUGUUACCAGAGCAUGUUAAUGCGGAAAUUGCUAAUGGAACGGUCACGUGUCGUUCGCAAUUGGUCGAUUUGAUUUGUUCGACUUUUUUCUUUCGAAGGUUAUUGGUUAAUCCGAGUUAUUAUAAAAUGGAGAGUGGGGAUGCGAAUGGGUUUUUGCAAGAGUUGGCCGAUUCGGUUGCGGGACAGUUGAAGCAGACACAGUGUAUUGUUAUUCGAGAUGAGGACGUUCAAGACUUCUACGAGAGCACAUUUUUGGGCCAAAUUGCGGCCCAGUACUACCUAUCGUGUAAGACUGUGCAAAAUCUGGACCAAAACAUGUCACGUGACUCCUCUUUUGACGACCUAUUGGCCCACAUGUGUCACGUGGAGGAGUAUUCCCUGUUUCCUGUACGUCAUAAUGAGGAUAAAAUCAAUCGACAUUUGACCAUCGAUUUAAAUGUAAAAACGCGCGAACCGUUUGAUUCUCCCCAUUUGAAGGUUUUACUGCUGAUUAAGUGUUACCUAUGUGAUAAAAAACUACCAAAUCAGGAAUAUGUCGUCGAUUUGAAAACCGUCUUCGAUCAAGUCAUUCGAAUCAUGCAGGCUAUGAUAAGUCUGACGUCACACAAAAGCUGGCUUUAUUGUACCCUAAAAUUGAUUUAUUUGGGCCAAAUGUUGAUUCAGGGAUUGAUGAUUGAUGUGGGAAGUGUCAUGAUGUUACCCCACGUGACGCCCGAAUCACGUGACCAGCUUGCGCGCCAUCUGGCGGUGGCAAAUGUGACAGUGCCCCAUCUUAAGUCACUUUUCCGUCACGAUAAGAAAACACUGACUCGGCUUUUGGAUGAAAAUUUCGGGGAAAAGUCAGGGGAAAUCCUCAAAGUUUUAACACGUCUACCAACCUUAGAUAUUAAAUUUACGAUUAAAAAUAGCCACACGAAUGACAACAUCGAUUAUAGACUUGAGCAAAAUCUUAUUUCGUUUGAGGUAAAAGUGCGAACGUCGUGUUUGUUCGAAUUUGAGGUUUUUAGGGACGGGACGAGUAAUUUGAGUGUGUACAGUCGCAAAUUCAGUAAACAGAAAGAGGAGUCGUGGUUUUUCGUCAUGGCGUUUGAGGAGGAUUUGGUGAGGUUGCAACGGUUUGCAGUCAAGAGGAGUAAAAGUCUGGAGGUGGAGGUUGAAGUUCCAGGGGAACGAGGGGUUUAUGAGUAUUCCGGGUAUUUCAUGAGCGAUUCGUACAUCGGGUUGGAUCAGAAAGUUACGUUUAAAGUGACGGUGGUUGAUUGAGAGGCUGUGGAUUGAAAAGUGAUUAUUUAUUUUAUUGAUGUAUUUUACCAUACAUACGAUUAGAUGUAAUUUAGUUCUAAUAAAAUUGUUUAUUUAU